UCGGAUACGUCGCAGAUAUUGUUGAAGUGUUAGGGAAAUAUGAAUUAUAUCACUAUCUGGAAGAUUAUAUUAAGACAGGUGUGUUUCCAAAUAAACGGUUGUGGAGGAACUAUGUUGUUAAAGCCAUCGAUGAACAUGAAACAGAAUGCUGGAAAGACAAAAUGCAGUGCAAGCCAAACUUGAAACACCUGCGCGAAAACCACCAAAAAUUGCAGCCUAUUGUGCACUGGGAAGUUGCUAUGUGCUACCCCAAGGAUCGAGAAAUACUUACUAAUUUAGUAAAUGUACAGGUUGGAAAUGUACCAUCAAUAGUUAUGAAGGCUGUGGAAGAACACGAAACGCACUACAUAUGUAGGCUUUGUGACAAACAAUUGUAUGAUGUUCCAUAUCAUUUUAUUAUGGAUUGCCAAAGAACAUCCCAAGAACGCGAUAAAUUAUGGGACAACCUAACAGAUCAGCUUUCCAUUCAAGAAAUUUGCUACUUGCACAAUCUUUGUGAGGAGGACGUGUAUUCCAGUCUUUUAAGUGGCAAUCAUCCGAUGUUCAGAAAUGACAAAGAGGAACUUUAUCUCUUUCUAAUUAUUUCCGCCAGAGGAAUUAUGGAUAUAUUUCUGAAAAUUAACAACCUUUUAGAUUAG